UCUUCGUCCUUCGGCUCCCAGGCGGAACCCAGGCGUCCGAGCCCGGCAAAGAGGCUACCACCGAGCUGUGGAGCGCGUGCUGGAGGGCGGCAUGGAGGAGGCGGACCGGAUUCUGAUUCAUUCGCUGCGCCACGCGGGCUCGGCCAUCCCCGAAGAUGUCCAGUCUCUCCGGGCCUUCACUGCAGAGCUGGCCGUAGCAGCCGUGGUGGGCUGUCUGCAAGUACUUCGGCCCUCCCUGAGCUCCAGCCUUAGCGCCCACCUGCCUCCUGGAAUGUCUGCCCGCUUUCGGCUUGGCAUGAGUCUGGCUCAAGCCUGCUCGGAUCUAGGCUAUCCGCGGGAGCUCGGUUACCAGAGUUUUCUGUACCCAAGCGAGCCAGACCUGAGGCAGCUGCUGCUUUUCCUUGCAGAGCGCCUGCCCCCCGAUCCUGCCCAGGAGAGCGCUCAGCCCUCAGUAGGUGAGUCGGCUAUCCUGCUGCGGGCCAUUGGCGCCCGAGUCAGGGAACUUCUGACGGAGCCAUGGCUGCCCACAGCCCUGAAGCCCCCAAAGUACCAGGACUGUGUCCUUCUGAAGCCUUUCCACGUUCAGCCCUUCAUGUUCCCUAAGGCCAACACCCCGGAAGGUGCCUCCGAGGUGCAGGAGUUCCAGGGAGGACCCCUGGUGCCCCCAGUUCCUGCCCAGAUCCCCUGUCAGGCCAUCCGGGCAGCUUCAUUUCUGGAGGAGCAUGCAGCCCAGCUCCAGGAGCUGCCUGAAGGAGAUGCCCCUGGAGACACAGACAAGGCUGGCAGGAGGCAUCUGGCCCCACGGCUGGUGGAGCAACUGAGGCAGAACUGGGGGCAGGCCACAUCCAGUACCUCAGGGGCUCGUGGACCAGGCCGAGAGCUGAGUGAGCUCCUCUGCACCUGGGUGCCUGGUUCUGGAGAGCCUCGAGGGAAGGGUUCCAGAUUCACUCAUGCUGAGAAAUUCACUUUUGCUCAGGAAGAGAAAAUGGCUCACGCCCCACCUUUGGCACCUGCAGAACAUCCCUCACCACUGUCCCCACUGUCCCCCACCCACUUGGAGCAGGAGGUGCAGGCCGGGCAGGAGGCCGAGCUGGCCUCUCUCCAGGGCCGCUUGGAGCUUGUGGGCCACAGCAUCAAGGAGGCCGGGGCCACCAUGAAGAGGCUGACGCUUAGUACAGGCCAGAUCGAAGCAGAGGCCCACCAAGACUGGCUGAGCACCACAGAGCGGGAACAGGCCAGGAGGCUGAAGCGCCGGGCCGUGGACUUGCUGCCAGAUGCCCCCAGCAACCUGGCCAAGCUGCAGGUGGUGGUAGAGGCCAGUGCCCAGCGUGUCAUCCACCUCACUGGCCAGUGGGAGAGGCAUCGGGUGCCACUCCUGGCUGAAUAUCGGGCUCUGAAGAAGCGUCGGGACCAGCGAGAGUUAGAAUCAUUACAUCGGGCAGCUGAGCUCCAGGCUCUGCAGGAGUGUGUCCGGGUAGCGGCUGGAGAGGCCCGACGCAAGGAAGGUUUAUAUAAGCAGCUGGUAGCCGAGCUGGAGACCCUGCCUGGAGACAUGGCCCGCUCUGCCUACACCCAUCGUAUCCUGGAGAUUGUGGGCAGCAUCCGGAAGCAGAAGGAGGAGAUCACUAAGAUCCUUUCUGAUACCAAACUGCUUCAGAAAGAGAUCAAUGCUCUAUCUGGCAAGCUGGACCGGACCUUUGCUGUCACAGAUGAACUGGUCUUCAAGGAUGCCAAGAAGGAUGAUUCGGUGAGGAAGGCCUAUAAGUAUCUGGCAGCCCUGCAUGAAAACUGCAGCCAGCUUAUCCAGACCAUAGAAGACACUGGCACUAUCUUGCGGGAGGUCCGAGACCUGGAAGAGCAAAUUGAGACUGAGACUGGCAAGAAGACGCUGAGCAAUCUGGACCAGAUCCUGGAGGAUUACAAGGCGGUCCGCCAAGAGAACGCGGGCCUGCUGGGCCGAGUCCACGAAGCGUGAGGCGGCUGCAGCGGGCGGACUCACCCAGUGCCUUCUCCCUUUGGGCAGAGGCCCUGCUAGGCCUUUCCCUCAGGCACACCUCUACCAAUGUGUGGUUCAGCCACAGGGCCUUUAUUGGUGGAAGGAGACCAAGGCCCUCCUUCAUGGGGGGGGGGGGGCGGACACAACCAAUAAAAAUGGUUCCUUCAGCA